AAUCGGAAAUUUUGACAGAUAAGAUGAAACUUGAUAUAAAAAAGAAAUUCAUUGAAGCUGAUAGUAUAAUUAAAAAAACAACACUAAAAUCUUUAUCAAUGCUUCAAAAUAAAUAUUGUAGCACAUUAAUCGUUGCACAAGAAAUAACAAAGCGUCUUAAAG